AUGCUUCCCUCUUCCACGAAAAAUAUGCCGACCGAAAAGAGGGCCACGGCACCCAACUCCAACGUCGAGCAGGACACCCCCAAGAUGGUGGUGCAGCAGCAGUUCAACCAACCCAAUCAGGGUCGCCGCCUCAGAGUUACAAAGCAAGCGCUCGGCCAGCAGCGCGUCUCGAAGCACACCAAGAGCCGGUUCGCGCUGCAGUCCGCCAAGACGGGACCACCGUCGAUGCCUCAAUCAGAGCUCCAUCACUUCAAGCCCGCUACGUCUCACCUAAACGUUCACAACGAAGUCGAGGUAUGCGAUGUCUUCGCUGCGGUUCUGAUCGUCAUGGCGAUUGUCUUUAUCGGAAUCAUGCUGAAAGGCUGGUGGAACAAGUGGAUUGGCCGACGCGGCGGGGACGUGGAGCAGGCUAUUCCUAUGAGGACCAGGAACAAGUCGAGAAGCAGGGAGCCGGAGGCUCCGGAUAACGAGUACUAUGGUACCUACAACGACUUGUCUGAUUAUUAA